UUCAAUGACACAGUUACAAGUCAGUCGCUGCUUGCAUCAAACAGCUUCAGACAGUACGGUUCGUCGUACUAGGCGGGCAAACGCGCGCCUAUUCAAAAACGAGAAUUACUCCGCGGUUCGAGUGAUAAAUGAAAUAUAAUUUUUAGUUUUCUUACUUAAAAAAGAAGUAACAUAUUUAUUAAAUUAAUUUACAAUAGUGAAAUAAAAAAGAAGAAUCAUGCCAGACCAAGAAACAGAAAAUAAUAGGGAUCUAGUCAGCAUAAAGGACUGGCUUUCCAAGCAGCCGCAUUUGCCUCAUGAAGUUGAUGAAUUACUUCUCCGGCGUUUCCUAUCAAGCUGCGGGUACAGCUUGGAGAGCACCAAACGUACCAUCGACUUGUUCUUCACGAUACGCUCCAAUGCGCCAGAGAUAUUCUUCAACCGGGACCCUUGGGCGCCGGAGAUCAGACGUGUCUUUGAGAUCACAGACUUCAUACCUCUUCCAAAAAAGACGAGUGAAAACUAUAAAGUUUUCAUUUUCAAGUUGAACAAUCCUGAUAUGGAUUUGUUCAACUUUGUGGAUGCUGUGAAGACUUUCUUCAUGCUAGCAGACACCAGACUCACGGAGGAGGACGAUAUUCCCGCAGGAGAGAUACCUAUCUUCGACUCAUCCAAUGUAUCGCUCAAGUUCAUCCCGAAAAUCAACCUAUCUGUACUAAGGAAGUACAUGUUGUACACACAGGAGGCUAUCCCGAUCCGGCUAAAACAAGUUCACGUAAUCAACGCACCGGCGUACAUCAGCAAGAUACAUGCCAUAUGCAAACCUUUCCUCAAGACAGAAGUGGCUAAACUGAUAAAAUUCCACGAGCCAAACUCUGAGACGCUAUACAAGGAUAUCCCUCAGGAGAUUCUGCCUGACGAAUAUGGCGGUAAAGCUGGUAACCUGGAACAGAUCAAACGGUAUUGGAUCAAACGAAUCGAAGCAAAGAGAGAUUGGUUUUUGAGCAACGACAAGCGUUGGGCGGUAGACGAGACCCUCCGGCCGAACAACUGCCGAGACGAUCGCGCGGACAAGGUGCGCGAUUUGCCAGGAUCCUUCCGCACCCUCGCUCUUGAUUAGUAAUCAUAAUGUUAGGCCACUACCGAUCUAAGAGCUGAAUAUCGUUUUUAAAGAAGUUCAGCUUUCCUAGACAAAUGACAAACGAAUCUAUCGAAUGUCGUUAUCGCUAGCGAGUCCGUGGGAUAAAAUGAGAUGACGAUAUUCGGCAUCUCGUUCUGUCUCAUGCGAGUCCUAACCUAAACAAUUUUAUUGAGAAAUUCGUUUGUGUGGCGGCAUUAACUCUACGAGAUUCUUGACUUGUGCAACAUGUUAUACGCCUCUCAAUAGGCACAUCUAAAGAAAAAUGAUCGAGUAAAAUGAUAUCUAUCCACAUGUGAAAAGUGGCAUCACUGUAAAUGUACAUAAUUCGUUUUUUAAACUAAAUCAUAGUAUUUUUUUUACACAAAAAUCGACUUUAAUUUCCAUAAAAUUUGAAAAGUUGUGUUUUAUACUAAUUUUGUCGAAAAGGUAAGUUGUUUGAUUCUGAAAAUACUAAGAUGCUUUCAUUUAUUAUACAAAAGAACUUUCCAUUUACGUUAUAUAAAAUAUGUUCACUGUUGGCGAUGAUAAGGUAAUUUAGUGCUGAUUUCUAUUUUGUCGGAUAAAAAUGAUCAUAUAAAAAAAAAUCAAAUAUAUUGUAAGUCUAAGGUUUCAAAUAAAGUACUUACCUAUACCAUAACUAUGCUGGUAAAUAGGUUAUUAAAUAAUGUUGUAUUUUUUGUAUGCAUAUUACUUGCUUAUUUGUAUUAAUAACUAGAGUGAAGUUCAUAAAA